AUGAUGCGAUCGUCGUCCCGCCGCCACUCGACGAAGAGCAGCGCUUCGAGCGUGCGCUCGCGCGGCUCAACGCGAUCAUCGGCAUCAGCCAGGCCAGCAUCAGACACCCAGACCCGCGAACGUGUGAACAGCCAGCCCUCGCGGCCGUCGCCGCUUGCCCUGCACCGCGGCAUCUCGCUUGAGCUGGACGAUGCGCCGGCACCAGAUGUGAGAGACACUGGCAGCGUCGUCACCAGUCGCACCUCCUCCAUUGCGUCGCGCAAGCAGCUGCAGACUGCCGAGCACCUCACAGCUGGCCCUGUACGCGACUCCCCCGACGCUGGCUUUGGCUUCGAUGCCGAAGACGACGACGACACUGAUGCAAACGAUCGCAACCGCACGCAAACCGUCACGGGAACUCACCCUUCCAGCGAAGGCUUAACGAAAUACAUGUCAGAAAUCCACCUGAACAACGACAGCGGCCCCGGACGAAAGAAGAAGACGAAGAAGAAUAAGAAGAAUCUCUGGAUCGACCAGUCAUUAUCCGGCCUGCUCGAAGCCUACCGCAAGUGA